CAUUUCCCAUCCCCUCGAUCUUUCCUUCCCCUCAUUCCCCCUUCUCUCAUUCAGAGCCUCUCCCGUGCAGCCUCGCCGCCGCCGCCGCCGCCGCCGAGGGGAACAAGGGGAGCUCUUCAUAGGUCGUAAGGUCGCAGUAAUCCAGUGUUUACCUCCCCGUCGCCCCAUCAUUGGCUGCCGGAGGAAAUGGUUUGUAUUUCCGUCGUCCCUCACCAUCUAGGACCACCCGGCAACCUCCCGCUGAAGGAAUUUUCUGAUUGGCUCCCGCUUGUUGUUGUGGGGAGCGAGGGGGAGUCGCCCCGCCGGAGACACGUGUGGUGCCUCUGAUUGUCACCGAUCUAGCGACGUGUCCUCGCACUGGUGGCGCAGGGAGUCGCUCAGGGCACCGCCACUCCCAGGGACACACACUCCUUGCCAGGACAUCUAAUGACAGCGAUUCGAAUUUUAGCGGUUCGAUAAAAUGCAAAAACUAGUAACCGGGCCGGCACAUGGCGCCCAGACCCCGCCCACCGCAGCCACACAUGCGCAGAGCGGCGGCGGCGGCGGCGGUGGUGAUGGGAGCGGCGGCGGCGGCGGCGGGGGAUGGUGGUGAUGGUGGUGGGGAGGCAGUGAGUGUAGUGUAAGGGAGGUUGGGGUGUACUCUUGUGUAUCGCCGCGCGCUCUCUGCCACCCCGCCGCUCCCCCCUCCCCUAAGCCCUCGCGUGAGGGGGACCCGCGGCGCACAAGUCCCUCCCGUAGGUCCGUGCGGUGCCAUGUGAGACUGUGACCACCAGUGAAUCCCGCCUUGUGAUUCUUCUCUCGCUGGAAAAUGUAGAGUCGCGACUAGCGGAAAACAGCGGACAGGACUGGCCUCCGUCCGCGGCGAGCGGGACCCACUGGGAGGCUUGCGGCUCCCGAGGCCCCGAGCUGCGGCUGGAAGCUGACUGAGUGUGACGCUGCCACGGCGACGCUGCCCGGUGCGGCGCCUGGAACCGAGGUUGACUGCUGCAGGCCACGACCCGAACUGUGGACACGAUUCUAGGAGUGGUCACCAGAACAAUUAGUCGUCACCACCACCUAACCGGCGGUCACUCACCACCGCCACUAAUACUAGUCACCAAACACACACACACACACACACACACACACACCACACCUAGCACCACUCACCGCCCCACACACACACACACACACACACACACACACACACACACACACCUAGUCACCACAAGUGAAAACCGAACUUAAUCCCAACGAAAUAUGAGUUGCGCUCAAGUGAUGUACCAGCCGUACGCCCACAGCCCGUACAUGGUGCAGCCCGACACCCCCCAGGCUGCUCCCCCGCACCCCUCAGGCUCCACCACGCCUGGGGGCGACUCCAGGCACGGGGAGGGGGUGCUCCAUAUAACCCCGCAGGCCCAGCCGCCCCCGCCGCCACAGCCUGCAAAUCUCGCCCCUCACACACCGCCCCACCUCCACCACCCCCACCACCAGCACCAGCACCACCACUCUCCCCCGCAGUCCCACGGAGGAAGGGAGGGUGGGGCAGUGGGGGGCCAGACGCAGCAGCAGGCUCAGCAGGGAGCAUCGGAGGCGAGCAGCACACAGCGGCCCCUCCCGCGGCCACCCUACAGGACAGCGUCCACGGAGGCAGCGGAGCAGGACGGCCCGCCGGAGAAGAAAUUUUGCCGGGACAACGAGGCCCCGCCCACUCCCGCCUCCUCCCACCACCAGCACCCGCCCCACCCACCACCACACCACUCCCACCACCACCACCCGCCCAUUACGGAGCCCCCGGGAUCGCCCACUGAGGAAGCCAAUGAGGUGAAGUACGUGUCUGCCAACUGCAUGGUGGUGACGAACUACGUGGGGGAUACCGGCUCCGUGGUGGACGAGCACUUCUCCCGAGCCCUGGCCGCCGCCGCCCUCCGCCCCCCUGCAUUACGAGAAGCCUCACUCCCCUGCCAAAGCCUCGUCCCCCCAUGACAGCGAGAAACUUCCCCCCGUCAUUCUGGAACAGCCACUACCAAGCGUCGUCCUCCUCGUCAUCGUCCUCCUCAUCAUCAUCGUCACGACCACCUAGCUUGGCGGGUCAGCUUGGGUCGUCGCCUGGGGAGCUUGUACGACCCCUACCACCCCGGCGGCCUCCCUCAUCCCCUACAGGCCUCAGCGCACGAUCCCUGGGCGGGCCUAUUCUCUCUCCUCACCAGGCAUACGGGCACCGCAGCAUGGCGCACGACAUGUACCAGGCCGCCAUGUCCAGCGUGCCGUCAUCCUCGAGGGCAUACCACCACCACCACCACCAGUACCCUUCCCUCUCCCUACAGCCUCACCACCUGCCGCGCCUCCCGACCGUCGCCCCCGUCCCCUCGCAGAUGGGGGUGGGCAAGCCAGAGGGAUGGGGUGCCCGCUACCACGACCACUUCCCCGGCCCAGAAUUCACACAUGGCCUCGACUCAAACUACUCAGCCACCCCACACUACCCUAGCGUCCCAGGACUGGAAACAGGCGUUCCUCAGGACGGGGCCAAGGACCUGUACUGGUUCUGAACGGGCCACACCCUAAAGGCCGCGCCACACCACCGCUGAGGAAGCCGCACUACCCAUCCUCCUGGGCCGCGCCGCCCGACACACCAGCGCGGCCUGAACCGGUGUUAGGCAAACGCGCCACUACUGUAGUUACAUACAUACA